AUGAUUCAUGCAGUAUUAAUAUUUAACAAGAAAUGUCAACCAAGAUUGAUAAAAUUUUAUACACCUGUAGAGGUUGAAAAGCAAACGCUUUUAUUACAGCAAGUAUAUGAACUUAUAUCUCAGCGUAACAGUCAGGUGCAGUCAUCUUUCUUAGUAACUCCUCCAUCUUUAUUAAUGGACUCAGGUGAUAACGAAGAUAUUCAAAUCAUAUACAAGAACUACGCCACGUUAUACUUCACAUUUAUAGUUGAUGAACAAGAAUCAGAACUAGCAAUCUUAGAUUUGAUUCAAACGUUUGUAGAGGCAUUGGAUAAAUGUUUCGAAGAAGUGAAUGAGCUAGACUUAAUCUUCAAUUGGCAAACAUUGGAAAGUGUACUUGAAGAGAUUAUCCAAGGUGGAUUGGUGAUAGAGACCAAUGUAAGGAAAAUCGUAAGUGCUGUAGAUGAAUUGAAUAACGCUAAUGAAAGUGAAAAUUCUUUCACCAAACUAGCAGGGAAUCGAAUCUCUGAGGCGUUCCAGGCGUUCAGUUAUUCAAAUUUCAGUGCUUGGGGGUCACAUCAAUGA